UUUAUAGGAAGCUUGGAUUUUGAUGAUUGGUCAAAUCAUCGGCAGCCUGGAAAUCGGAAUCUGCUGCCAUGAUAAAUCCUCCAAUAAAUUUUAUUGUGACAUCUCAUUCGAAAGGAAAAAGAAGGAACAAAUGGGGACCUAUUGACAAGGCAUACAUGCAUAACACUUGGAGAUCAUCACAGGCAUCAUAUCAUCUGUUCCCGAUGAAUGGAAAUCUAUCUCCAUCAGAUCAUGUGUUUCUUUUACUAAAUGAUCUUUUGAGCCUUUCACUACAUAUCUAUGAAACUGUUGGUGUGUGUUUUCAAGAUUUUCUAAAUGAAGGUUCUAGCUAUUUUCUGGAUUUUGUGGAUGUAUGUAUACCAUUGUAGUGCCUCAUUUUUCAGGUAUUAACAUUUUACAAUUGCAAGGAUUCAAACACUAUUAACG